AAAAAUACUUUAAUUGUAAAGUUGUUAAAAAUGUGAAAACUAAUAUUAUCAUUAAAAACUUGUCACUUUUUUAAUUUAAUCAUUACACGAGUGACACAUCCAUUGUGUCUUCAGAUAAGUGAUGAGACACUCGAGGAUUGCUAAGAGUCGUCGACACAAGAAGUUUAAGUGUGUGGACAACACGUGCCACGAUAAUGACCACAAUGAUCAUGGUCAUAUUGGCACAGACAACAAAUUCAAGGAUCAGUCGAUUCCCAGAAAAUGGCAGCAAAUCCUGGAUCUGAAACAACAGAUGAAACACAAGACCAACACUAAGAAGAAUAAGAGGAAGAAGAUUAACAAUGAAUUGAUUUGUGUGAGGACGACAUCGGAGCCGAUAGAGAAAGGGAUGACAAGAAGUGCGAAACAAUUGCCAGAAGUGAUUGAACAGGGAUUAUAUGAAAGUGAGAUCCACUUCAUGAGCCGAUUGACCAAAUUGUCGGCUAAAGCCAAGGCUGAGGCCAACAUUGAGGACCGCUUUGACGUCGACUUCUGCCAAAAGUUGGACACAAAUGAAGACAAAGUGGAAGAGAAGUCGGACGACAAGAAAAAGACUAAAAGUAAUAAACGAUUGAAACGGAAAUUAAUAGAAAACAAGAGGAGAGAGAAAAAGCGAGUGAAGAGUAAGUCUAAGUCUAAGUCUAAGUCUAAGAAAGAGGACUUAUUUGAACACUUGACGGAUCGGGUGAUGUUUGGGGAACGGGUGGCCGAACCACCACUACUCGACUCGUUUCCAUUUAAACGAAACCCGCGCCGUUGUAUUCCAGACUUCGUGAACGCGGCCUUCACUAAAGAAGUUAAGGUGUCGAGCGAAUGUGGUAACCCUCCCACACGUCUAUGUGUGGCCUCAAACGACGAGAGGGGAGACAUAAUACGGGACUGUCAGGUGUGCGACCAGAGCAACCCUAAGCGUCGACAUCCAGCAUCAUAUCUGACUGAUCUGAAUAAUCCAAAUAACCUGAGCUGUUGGAUAUCAGAGCCAUUUACACAAGUUAAUCAAAACGUUACGCUAACACUAAGUUUGAGCAAAAAAUAUGAGUUGACUUAUAUUAGUCUCCAAUUCUGUGCCGCAAAACCCGAUUCUAUGGCUAUAUUCAAAAGCAUGGAUUACGGGGAGUCGUGGCAUCCCUUCCAAUACUAUUCGAGUCAAUGCAGAAAAGUGUACGGAAGACAAAAUAGGGCCGCAAUUACUAAAGCCAAUGAACAAGAACCAUUAUGUGCUGAUUCUAACACUGAACCAAUUCCUGGCGCAAGAGUUGCAUUCAGUACAUUAGAAGGACGACCAUCUGCUUAUGAUUUUGACAACAGUCCAGUCCUACAAGACUGGGUCACUGCCACUGACAUCAAAAUUGUGUUCAACAGAAUAAACAUAAGAACGUCGGCUUUAGAGGAGACCACAAUCGGAGCCAUUGAUGAGAAUAUAACCGAUACUUCAAACGACUUGACAAAACCAUCAGACGGUGUCUAUUAUGCCGUAUCAGACCUGGCAGUGGGCGGCCGAUGCAAGUGCAACGGACACGCAUCCAAGUGA